CACAUUUCCGGUGUUGUUUCCGGUUAGCUGGCGCAUCUGCAGCAUCCGAAGCCGCAGACGGGACUCGCCAUGAAGAACACGCUCAUUUCGUGUUAAAUUUGAUUCUAUCCGACAACAUAAAAGCGCAAACGGUUACCGUUAACCGGCAGGGGUCUGACAGCAGCGCGCGGAUGAAAUGUUCCCUGAGUCUGAGAGGAUUUAGCAGGAAUGCUAGCGCUAGCGCCUAGCUGUCUGCGUGCUGAAUUUAAAUUAUUACUAUUUUUUCACAAAAUAAGAGGCUGAUGUAUAUGACGUUGAGCGUUUAGUGUAUAUGAAGAGCCGUAGUGCGAUUAUUAUAUGCAUGUCGUCAGUUUUAUGUAAAAGGUCGAUUAUUUUAACGGCUGCAAAGCUGGUUGAUGAUGGAGGGUUUGACUUUCAUCCAUCACAACAAUAAUAUCCGUUUACUUGCCGUUUGAAGACUCAUUUCUCAGUAUUACACUGGUUUUAGCUGAAUUUAUAUAUUUAUACUGUCAUAUGGACCCGCAUCCUUGAUUGACACUAAACUUGGACAUCAAUCAUAUCAGGUCCUCUGAGGCACUGCUGUAUGUUUUGUAUGUGAACAUAUUUAACAGUGGUGCUUUAAUUUAGUGCACAUACUGCAUAGACGGUUCAUUUAAACAGUGAUCAGCAUCAGAAUUGGGCUCUGAGCCCAUGUUUGACAGUCACAGCUGAUAUAGACCUUUGGCACCAGAACAAUCCACUCCACUUACUUAUUGAUUCACUUGAUCUGAGUGUCAAAGUAGGAGAAUUUGAAUACACGAUGAAGAAGUUUUUUGACUCGCGGCGGGAACUGGUGGGCUCUGGACCUGGUUCCGGAGGAACAGCUGGAGGUUCUGGAUCCAGCAGUGGUGCUGGUGGGAAUUUCAUCGGACGGGCGUUCACUGUAGGAAGACACCAGGUGACGGUUGAAGAAACUCUGGCAGAAGGCGGCUUUGCUAUCGUGUUCCUGGUGCGGACCAAUCAGGGGGUGCGAUGUGCCCUGAAGAGGAUGUACGUCAACAACGAGCACGACCUGCAGGUCUGCCAGCGUGAGAUCCAGAUCAUGCGGGAUCUCAACGGUCACAAGAACAUUGUCGGGUUCUUGGAUUCCAGCAUCACGGCUGUUGGGGGCGGAGAUGUUUGGGAGGUGUUUAUCCUUAUGGACUUCUGCAGAGGCGGUCAGGUGGUGAACCUCAUGAAUCAGCGCUUACAGACAGGCUUCAGCGAACAGGAAGCACUCCAGAUCUUCUGCGACACAUGCGAGGCCGUCGCACGUCUGCACCAGUACAAAGCUCCCAUAAUCCACCGGGAUCUUAAGGUGGAAAACAUCCUCCUCCACGAUCGGGGACACUAUGUUCUGUGUGAUUUCGGCAGCGCCACCAUGAAGUUUCAAAACCCACAGACUGAAGGAGUGACUGUUGUGGAAGACGAAAUCAAAAAGUACACAACCUUGUCCUAUCGUGCUCCGGAGAUGGUCAAUCUGUACAAUGGCAAACUCAUCACCACCAAAGCAGAUAUCUGGGCUCUCGGCUGUCUGCUGUACAAGCUCUGUUUCUUCACGUUGCCCUUCGGCGAGAGUCAAGUGGCUAUAUGUGACGGCAGUUUUACCAUUCCAGACAAUUCUCGAUAUUCCCAGGACAUGCACCGUCUCAUCCGCUACAUGCUGGAACCGGACCCUGAUAAGAGGCCCGACAUUUAUCAGGUGUCCUACUUUGCUUUCAAACUAGCCCGUCGGGACGGCCCUGUCCAAAACGUCAAGAAUUCUCCCAUUCCUGCUAAGCUUCCCGAGCCAAUCCGAGCGAGCGAAGCGGCGGCAAAAAAGAGCCAAACGCAAACCAAGGCGAGACUUACAGACCCCAUUCCCACCACUGAAACCUCCAUCACUCCCCGCCAGCGGCCCAAAGCAGCACAAUCCCAGCCUCAGGCACUAGGGGGCAUCUUGCCUAUACAGCCAGCUGCUCUGACCCCACGCAAAAGAGCCAACCUGCCCGCUGGGGCCGCGCAGCCUAUAGCCGUCAGCAUGAACCUGGCACAGCCGGCCGCAGCGCUGCAGUCUCAGAAAGCGUCUCCCUCCCCUCAGCAGAAAGUGCCCGUGCAGCUGGUCUCAGUCUCAGCUGCGCCCGCAUCAGGAGGAAGCGUUCCAGCUGCAGCCUGCAGCACCGCCCCUCAAAAAGCCACAGCAACUCCUCCCCCGUCCAGCCCCGCUCCGCCCACCGCACCCGCUAGGAGCGCGCGGCGUAAGCAGGCGUCGGCGGUUCAGCAGCAGCAGCCCGUUCCUGGGCAACUCGCCGGUGCACCGCCCCCAGCACAGGCGGAGCCUGCAGCGGUUCCGCCCACUCCCCAGCCGGCAGCGCUUCAGUCUCAGCUCAGCCAAGAGAAAGAGAGGCCGGUAGCCCCAGGACUGUCCCAGACUCCUCCCUCUUCUCCAAGGAUGGCUCAGAAGGCGGGUCACAGGCGCAUCCAGAGUGAUGUCACCCACAGCGCUAUGUUCGGAGUGCCGGUCAGCCAGUCCACUCAACAGCUGCAGGCAGCCACGGCAGAGGCCAGCCUUAACAAGUCUAAGUCAGCUAGCGCCACCCCAUCAAACUCGCCCCAGUCUUCUCAACAGAGUGUGUAUCAGUCCGCCCAGCAGGGCGGCAGCGUAUCCGCCCCCCAAGAUCCUGCUUCAGCUUCUAGCUUGACCAGUCCCCCGGACCAGCCCUCCUGGAAUCCCUUUGGCGAUGACAAUUUCUCCAAACUUACAGCGGAGGACCUGCUCAACAAAGACUUCACCAAGCUAGCUGACGAGCCUGCGGAGCCUCUUAUUGUCACUGAGAGUCUUAUUCCUGGACUGGACGCUGCAGAACCUGCUCCACCAUCUGCUGCUGAAAGACCCGUUGAUAUUCUGGGUUUGGAGCUGGGGGCCUGUUUGCUGGCUGUGCCAGAGAAGCUGAUCGAGGGCCUGAAGUCUCCAGACACCUCCCUCAUGCUGCCCGAUCUGCUUUCCAUGGCAGACCCCUUCGGCAGUUCCAUCGAUGACACCAGAGAUGCUAAAACAGAAGCGUGUUUGGACUCUCUGAUUCCUGGCCUGGAGCCUCCCCGGCCACAGCUGCACCCUGUGGAGACCGAGCCGUUGUCUGCAGCGCUGGCAGACCCUUUGAUUGGAGAAGAUUCUCUGCUGGGUUGUUCUCUCCCCUUUGGGGCCGCCUCCUGUCUGGACGAGUUCGCACCUGUCUCAGGAGGCCCCUCCCAGAACCCACCAGCUGCAGACUCCUGUUUGAUGUCAGGCUUCGAACCUCCGAGCUCUGAGGCGGUCAAUGAAGAUGAGUUUGACCCCAUACCCGUCCUGGUCUCCAAAAAUUCCCAAGACGGUCUGCCGGGCGUGAACGGCCUUGAUUUCGAACCAGAAUCCACGAGCGUCCAGAGCUCAGAGCAUCCUGAAGAGACUUGGAAAUGUCCUGCAGAAGAACAUGAUGGACAGGACUCUAAUCUCCUCGACGCUCCCGCACACUCGCAAGCAGCGACCCACGAUCACUCGUCCUACUCCCCGGACGUCUUCUCAAGCGCCCAUCCACAGCCAGACGUUUUUCUUCAAGCGCCCUUCUGCAGGAGGAUAGAUCCGUCCGCUCCACCACAGCAUCCACAGCCGUGGAUGUUCUCAAACGGCAACGAGCCCGUCCUGCCACAUCCACCUGUGCGCAGUCAAAUUCGCUUUCCGCAUUGCGUGGACGUUCCGAUGCCCCAGCGGCCCAUCGUCGCCCAUCGCGUGGUCUCCAGCGUGGGUCAGCAUGCGGCUGUGAGCUCCGUCCCCGUCGGGCCUCUUCACUCCUGGACGGUAGGUGUUCGAGCGGUGAUGGACCCCUUUCUGGCUGCCCCGUUCCAACCACGGGGUCCCCUCGGAAAGCCUUGAAUCCUUUGAGGAGCCAAUUGGUGCUGAAAACCAAGUGCUGGUCGUGAUCUGGUGGAAGCAGAAUUGGCAUAGUCAGUGACUACCUGGACCUUCAAGACUCAAUCUCCACAGCACUUUAGCACCGCAUCACCACGUUUUGAUCGGUUAUAUAUACAAAUCUGUAUUCCACAUGUAUUGGUUUAUUAUUUUUUAAAUGCUAUUCAUGUAUCUUUUUAUAUCAUAUGUAGUAUUAUUGAGUGCAGUAUAAAUGGACUUGCACAAAGCUUACAAAUGUGAAACUGACAGAUGUAUUACUUACAUUUGUUACAGUCUGUUUGAGGGAACACUAAUGCUCGGAUACUAAGCAGAGGUUUGAAGGUUAUAAACGUGAGUACUUGAAACCAGGCUGAAUAUCACAAGCUUUGUCGCCGAGUGAAAUAUUGGGAUUAAUACGAGGCCUUAUGUUGGAUAAAAAUAGCUGGAUGAUCACAUUUUGCUGUCGUUUUGCAUCUCCUGAACCCGAGGUACUGUAGAGCUUCCUCCACACAGCGGGAAGAGACUGUAAGUGAAAUCUACACAGGUCACGAUUAUACUGUAACCAGAUACAAAAACACUUGGAGCACUUUUGCAUAGCCUUGAAAAAAGAUCUGUUAUCAAUCUACUGUAUAUUCAUACAUCAUAAAUAAUGUUUGUUGAAAUACAGUGCCUUCUUAAAGGAAAAGUUCACCUCAAAAUCAAAAUUGUGUGAUUUUUUUUACUCACCCAUGUGACGUUCAGCAUGUUUUAAGACAUCCCGGCGUCUUCGGAACACAAAUAAAGAUAUUUUAGGGACAUCCGAGAGCUUUCCAGGCCUCCUCAUAGACAUCACGGUUAUAGUUGUUGUCAAGGUCCAGAAAAGUACUAAAGACAUGGUUAAAUUGGUCCAUCCGCUCAUAGUGGCUCAAUUGAAUUGUUUUGAAGCAACGACAAUACUUAAUGUGUGAAAAACAAACCACAAUAACGACUUUAAUCGAUUUAUUCUCCUAUGUAUUGUCAAUCUGUGCUGCGCGUUAACGAGAGCACUUAAUAACCGUGCAUGUGGUUUAUAAUUUUUAUAAAUAUAAUGAUUUACAUUAUUUUCAUCAUAUUUAAUGCACAACAAUACUGCAAUGCAAUUAGUAACAUUAUCUGCUACUAUUUAUAUCAAUAGCAUCUAACUACUAUUUCUACUUAAUUCAAAGAAAAUGCAGCGAUUUUCGGUUAACGUUUGUGUAAAAGCUUUGCUGCCUUGGGCGGGCUAUUUGUAAAUAGACACUCCGUAAAUGAAAAUGUUUUAUCAAAAUAAAUAUAAUACAUUUUAUUGAUGUGUCUAUUCACUAAUGUCCAUUGAAAACAUUAAUAACGUUACUGUAACAAUAACAACACGAGUGUCUCAUGACGUCACGGCGUUAGUGAAGGUCAAGUGUAGGUCAAGUGUCACGAGCGGUCUUGUCCACAUGGUGCAAAAACGAAUUUCAGACUUUUUUACUUAACAUUGUUUUAACAUUUUCAAAUGUUUUGUAUAAUUUUCUGCAAACCAUGACAUAAGACACAACCUUUCAUUAUGAAAGCUGAGUGGAUGCAUGUUUUCAAGGUGUUUUUCGGUUUUCUUUUAUAUGAUUUUUUAAAUGUAUAGCUCAGUAAAUUGUGCUUGCCAUGCAUGCCUGCAAUAUGGAAAAUCUAUUGGCAGCAGAUCAAAAGGAAGACUUUUGACUUUGUGUGCAAAAAUGAGUGGAAAAUUCUCUUCAUUAUGGUUUGACGAGCGGACUGCAGGCUGUGUGCUGUGAAUGAUGCGUGGGCACAACAAAUGCAUGACACGGAAGUCAAAAUCAUCAUUUAAUUGAAGAAUGUACACACAAGCUCUUGUUAAAAUGAUCUUCAGAUGCAAAUUGGACAUCUGUAACCAGCGAAGUUGUCGAGUGCUCAAGCACAACAAACUGGAACGAAAUUCAAAAUAUCCUGAAAAAUUUGGCAUAGCACUGCCAUAUCCGUAAGCAUAAUGCUAAAAAAAUGAACCGGAACAAAGGGCAUUUUAAAUAAAACAUCAUUAAGCACUUCAUGACCUUUGAAUACAAGCUUGAUGCUUGUAAAGCAUCCAUAUAUACAAAUUAGACUAUGGUAACAAAUCACGUGACUUCCGUUUACACGAGACCGUUUUCAAUUAAAAACGGAAAACUUUUUAUGCGUUUUAUCUGUUCAUUUGCACGACAACGACAUUUUUGAGGACUGAAAACGGGCCUCGAAGUGCACGUUUUUGGAAACGAUGGCAUUAUCGUUUCAGUGUAAACUCUGAAGGCGGCGUUUUACAAAAAACGAUGGCGUUCAAUCUGUAGGCAUGCGCGAGUAUUCCCCAAACAAAAAUGGCGACUUCCAUGCUGCAUGUUUGUACUGCGUGACAUACUUAUCAUUUCUCCAGCAAAAAGUAGAUUUACUACGCCACUAAGAUCAGCGGAGACAUAGUAUUUAUAUACACAAACUAUAAACAUACAUACACGCCGACAAAGUGUAUUAAAAGCGCUUUUACUUUAAAACAAGGUAUGUGUAUUUGCGCAUUUCUUUAUAGCGCAACAGCGCCAUCCACUGGCCUGGCAUGUAUAAUAAAGUGUUUUUAUUCGUUUUCCCAGAUCCCUGUAAAUGCAGAUCGCUUUGAUAACGCUGUCAAAAAAAACCUUUUCAAAAACGCAAAGGAAAAGGUUUUCCGUUUUUCAUCGUAUUAACGUACUCGGGCAACAUUUCCGGUUCAUCAGCCUAUGGGCUUCUGUCUCACAGGUAAGAGUCUUCUUUUUCUAAAUGUUGAAUAAGAUAAAAAAAAAAAAAAACACUACAGAAAG